CGUCACGUAAUAUACCACGAGCCCCAAAUCCCGUAGACAACUCAUCCGACGCGUUCCCCAAACCACGCCUAAAAAAAUUCUGACAUUUCUCCUUCACCUUUAUAUAUAUUAAAUGAAUUUCUCAGCAAAUCUACAAAACAGACUCAUUUGAAUUUCUGAAAAAAAUAUUGCUACCAUGGGAAGUGUAGGUGAUUCGAAAACUCAUCAGAGGAAACCCAGAUUUUUGUGCCUUCAUGGAUUUCGAACAAGUGGGAAAAUUUUGAAGAAGCAAAUAUUUGAUAAAUGGCCAACUGAAGUUGUGGAUAAAUUAGAUCUAGUUUUUGUUGAUGCGCCUUUUCCAUCUCAAGGAAAAUCUGAAGUUGAAGGCAUCUUUGACCCUCCCUAUUACGAGUGGUUUCAAUUCAAUAAGGAAUUUACAGAGUAUGAGAAUUUUGAUAAAUGUCUUGAAUACAUAGAAGAAUGUAUGAUCAAACAUGGACCUUUCGAUGGUCUUCUUGGUUUCUCUCAGGGGGCAAUUCUUUCCGGAGCAUUGUCGGGGUUGCAGGCUAAGGAAGUGGGACUUACAAAGGCAUCAAAAAUUAAAUAUCUGAUCAUAAUUGGAGGUGCUAAAUUUCGGAAUAAAUCAGUGGCCGAAAAAGCUUAUUCACCAGCAAUUGCAUGCCCUUCCGUUCAUUUUUUAGGUGAGCAAGAUUACCUAAAACAGUAUGGGAUAGAACUGUUGGAAUCAUGUGUUGAUCCAGUGGUGAUUCAUCAUCCUAGGGGUCACACUAUACCAAGAUUCGAUGAGAAAGGAUUAGAGAGCAUGCUUAGUUUCAUUGAGAAGGUGCAAGAAGAGAUUAGUACAAGUGAACAAGUUUGAUGAAAUUACAUUUUUAUAUGAUAGAUAGCUCCUCCUUUGGGAAGUAUGUCUUAUCUUUAAUUUCUUAAAAAUAAUAUGGCUUUGAAUAACUUAAAUUUUUUGACGCUCUACAAAAGAAAAAUUCUAGACCUUAGAUGAAAAGUUACAGAACUAUGGCCUUUGUUAUUGUAUUUAUGGCAGUAUGCCAUUCGAUUAUUUCACUACAUCCUUCGAUUUGUC